UGCUAGACGCCUCUCGCCUACGCAACCCUAAUGGAGUCCGUCGCGGCAUCGGCAGCGAUCCCAUCGUCGCCGUCUCCCCUCUCCUUCUUCUUGCCCAAGAGAACAACGCCUCGGCGCCAAUUUCUUCCACUGAUUGCCUCCAAGAGCGAUCGGGAAGAUGAAAAGGAUCUUAAUUUUGCGUCUGAGAGCACCAACCUUGUGCCUUUCCUCGGGGGUCGCGGUUCCCUUUCCCACCUUCCCAAGGAUGCGGCGAUGGGGUUGGUUUUGAGUGUUGCAGCUGGAAGAGGGAGGAUGACGGGAUCUGAAAUGGAAGGCCCUCCCAUCCCAGCUGACGCUGAUUCAACUGAUCAGACUGUUCUUACCUUCCCAUGGUCCUUAUACACCAAAUCUCCCUGACGUCGGAUGCGCGUCUCCUUCACUUGCAACGUCUAUGGCCAGCGAACGACUCACGCCAUCAACCCCCAUGCUUACACUGAUGGCACCGUCUUUGUUCAGGUACUUUACA